AAAUAAAUAAAUAAAUAAAUAAAAAAGAAAAAGCCAUCUCAGAGUUAGUUUGGUACUGCUCCCAAAUUAUCGGUGGAAAUAAAAAUUGAAUCUUCAGAAAAUCGACGAUGUGGCGGCGUAGAAUGCUUUUUCAAUCGCGUCUUCCUAGGGUUCCCGACGCCAUUACUCCACCAGAGCCCGGUCGUAGCGACGAUCGCGAGUUGGGGAAGAAGAAGACGAGGAAGAAGCGAAGAAAUACGGAUUUGAAUACUGAUAAAAUCAGAAAGAUGCGAAAGAUCGCCGGAGAAGACGAAGUAUUGGAUCGGAUAUCGGAGCUGCCGGACUCGAUCAUCCACCACAUCCUCAAUUUCCUCCGCUGCACCAAAGACGUGGCUCGAACCACGGUUCUCUCGAAGAAUUGGAAGCGCGUGUUCGAUUCGUACCAGUCAUUUCACUUCGAUCAGCGGUGGUUUCGGAUGCGGAAAGAGGUAGGGUUUUUCGAUUUAGAAACGGCGGGGAAGAAGAGAUACGAGGAGUGGGAUAAUUUCAAGGGAUAUGUGGGGAAUUCGCUGGCUACGAGGCUCGAUCGCCUCCAAUGCGUGGACAAGUUCAGAUUGUUCGCGUAUGGUGUCGAUAUUCAGUGCAUCGCGGGAUGGAUUCGUGCCGCCAUUGCUAAGAAUGUGAAGGAGCUUGAUGUUCAUGUGGAGACUUGUAGGAAUGAUGCGCUACCCAUUAAUUUGACUCAGUCGAGUUCGAUUACUUUCUUGAAGCUGACGGGCCAUGCAAUGUAUAGUUUAGCUUCGAUGAAGAUGUGUAAUUUGAGAGGGAUUUCGAUCAAAGAGGCCAGGUAUUUUGAUGUGAAUUUGAUGAAGAAACUCGAAGACAACUGCCCCUUGCUGGAGGAUUUAAGGAUCGUUGGCUGCCCACAGUUGUCACAUUUACAGAUUUCCUCCCUCGUUAAGCUUAAAAGGGUUGAGGUGCACGACUGCGAAUGGGCCAAACGCAUUGAAAUCGCGGCCCUAAAUCUUGAAACGUUUUGGUUUCAUGCCAAGGAGAAUCAGAAGUGCAGAAUCGAUCUCAAAUGCACGCAAAAUCUGAGGAAUUUGACAUUGAAGGGCAGUGGCAUGAGGGACUUUGCCUUCGAAGAAUGCAUUUCUAUGUCUCCGUUGCUCGAGAAAUUGGAGCUUCGCAAAUGCACCAGAAUAGAGAAGCUUAGGAUUUGCAGCCAUACAUUGAAGAGCUUGGCCUUGAUCCAGUGUUCCAAGUUAAAGGAAGUUGAUGUUAAUGCUCCUUAUCUCCACUUUUUCGAAUAUGAUGGCCCUGUGAUGUUUUUCCCCUUCCUCAAUGCUCCGCGUUUAUCUCAAGUGAAGUUCUCUUACAGGCCGCCAUAUAAGAAGAGGUGGGAGCACUUCUUUUGGAACUUGGAUGGAUCCAAAUGGUUUAAAUUGAUGGUAUACACGAAGGAGACUAUGAAGAUUUUUGAAGAACCAAGUGAGGCGAAUCUUAUUCAAGUUAAUGCUCGCAGGAUAGAAUUGAUUGCAUCAACGUCAAAAGUUGUGAAGAAUGUUGAUAAUUGGUUGAGGGAAAACCAUGGAAAGAGUCUUGUUGUAGUAUCCUCGUCCGAGGGUGAGCUACUAGAGUUGAUAAACACGCUGAUAAUCGACAGAGAAGAUAACCCGAGCUGCUGCAGAUUCUACUCGAACAAAUGUUGGAGACAUUACAUUGAAGAUGUUAAAGUUACAACCAUGGAUGCUGUAGAGAAGACAUCUUAUGACUUCACAUGGACGCCUAAGAUAAAGAAGCCGAGUGCUACAAUGAUUGAUAUUUUUGGCUGUGCUGAUGAAUAAGACACAAGAAUUGUGUUCGUCAGUAGAAAAAUAGAAUUUGGAGUCUGAUUUUAUUCUCUACUUUUUUCUUAUACUAAAAGUAUUCCUGGCUGUGUCACGGUCACUGCACAUAAAUUUACCCGGUUCCCCAAUUUUUACCAUGAAGUUUCAUGGUAACUCUGAAUCAGUUACUCAUGCAGAAAA